GAAACAUCAGGCAAAGGGAAUGACAAGCGUUACCAUGGCAACAGCAACGACGACGAGCAACGAGUGCUGCAUGUGCGGGGAUCAUGGCUUGCCUGAGGAGCUCUUUCAGUGCAAGAUUUGCCAUUUCAGGUCUCAACACAGGUACUGUAGCAAUCUCUACCCCAAGGCCAAGUCAUACCGACUUUGCAAUUGGUGUCUGGCUCAAAAUCAGGAUGGAUCCUCCUCCAAGGAGAGGACGAAUAAAUCUUCAAAUCAUUUGUCGGCUCGCAAGAACGGCGCUUGUGAAGAGGAGACCAAUGAGAAGAGCAAGAAGAGAAAUAACAAAGGCAGAAAAAUAGGCUACCGUGACGAUCAUGGCGACCCGAAAGGCGAAACGACUGAUUCUUUGCAGUUUCCAUGCGCAAAGAAACAGAAGAAGCCGCUACAGAGCUUGGCACCGACCAUCCGGAAGAGGAUCAUCUCCAGUGGUGACUUGGAAGAGAAGCGCAGAAGGGAGAAGGAAGAGGAGCGGUCAAAGUCAGACAGCAAUGUUGGCGUUGGCAUGGGAAAGCGGGCGGUAUUAAGGAGCAAAAGAGUCAUCAGAAGGUAUAAACUCCUGGAUGAAGUAUCGAGCUGAUGAAGAUGAAUUGUACACAAGUCGGUGAAGCUUCAGUUACAUUUGCAGUGUACCGUGAUGUACAUGAAAAGUGGUAAUUUUUUCUGUUCCCAUUUUUGUGGAGUUUGAUUUCUCCCAGAUGAGA